GACAAAUGGAAAAGACAAACGCAUGCCGGCUGACGAAGUUGCACAUCCGCGUACUCGACCAAGAGCGCGUUUGCUCAUUCUGCAGCACUGAACCUCGUGUGGAACCCUUCAAUCACAGGUUAACCGUAAAUUUUGUAGUGACGCAUUACCAACGAGAUUGCGCUAAACGAUGUGAAUCAACCCCCGCUUGGCGGAAGUUUUGACUUUGAUUAAAAAAUAGUUUUCUGCUGAAAAUACGUGCGCAGUUUUCCUACCAAAAUGUGCGCCAAUGUUACGAGGGAAGCGAAAAUCCGGAGCUGCACAGGACACGAGCUGUUUUGUUCCUACUGGUAUCCAAACAAAGAGCAGCUUCCUAGAGCUAUGGUAUUCAUUAGCCAUGGAUUUGGGGAGUAUUUGGUGACCUAUGAUCGGCUAGUCAAGCGGCUUCUGGACGCUAAUUUUCUUGCAUUUGGACACGACCAUGUCGGUUUUGGAAGAAGUGGAGGAAAACGAGCACAAAUCGACAACGUGAGCCAGUAUGUCAAAGACGUCGAAUGCCAUGCAGCUUCCGUGAAAGCCAAAUUGAAAGACAUUCCUAUAUUUAUUGUUGGCCAUUCCAUGGGUGGAGUGAUAGCAGUCGGCACAGCGAUUCAGAAUCCGAAUCUCUUUGACGGUGUGAUACUCCUUAGUCCCGGUUUGGCCGUAGCCAGCAAAUUUAACACACCGGCAAUGAGGUUUCUGGGGAGAACGUUGGCACGGAUUGCACCAGGAGCAGGCCUGAUUCAGCUGGAAGCCGAAGCGAUAACGGCCGACACGUCCAUAAUCGAAAAAUAUAUGAAAGAUCCAUUAAUUUACAAAGGACGCUUAAAAGCUAAAUGGUUAAACGCAUUUCGACUUGGAGUAGACGAAAUUGUCAAAGGCAUACCCGACGUGAAGUGGCCGUUUCUCUGCAUUCAAGCUGGAAAUGACCCUUGGAUACCGGCACUAGAAAUCGAAAAACUUAUGAACACUGCCCAAAGCCCAGACAAAACUGUUGUUAUCGUUCCAGACGCUUUACACAGGGUUUUCGAUGAACCCAAUGGUGUAGGCGACGAAGUUUGUCGAAAAGUGGUGGAAUGGAUUGAAAAUCAUGCGGAACCAGAGAGCUGAAAUCACUACCAGCUUCCAAGCAUCUCAUAUGAGCUGCUCAAUCAACCAUAUUGAUUUUGUUGCAAAAGUCAUACAUGUAUAUUUUUUUAGUAAUACAGCAUUCUGAUUCUUCUAUCCUCGUUGGAUCUGAUUCGUAGCAUUUGAGAAACAAUGCGUUAAUUGUAUUUGAAAUCCGUCUUGUGUAAAGCGUUAUAAUUAUAUGAAUCAGUUGUACUGCAAACAAUUUGUCAGGUUUUGGGACAGUUUUUGGAAAAAGUAGCAUUAAAAUCGCAGUAACAUGGAUGUAUUGCGCAGCUG